UGCCAGUUUACUUAUUUGCACACAGGGACGCUCUCUGUGCUGUCAGUCUACCUCUCAGGCACUAAUAGCUUUAUUAAUAGGUUUCCAGUUCCUCGGGAGGCUUCUAAGUGGAAUGCGCCUCCGAUUUCAUGCUUCAGGAACUGGCCCCGACUGAAGAACCGAAAAAAAAGAGAGAGGGGAAAAGCUUUGUUGACCUAAGAGUAUUAGAGGUGCAUUUGCUUGACAUUAACCAUUGAGCGGUGUCAGUGUCAUGUGGCUGCUUAGGGCAGGCUGACUGGUUACAAGCGGAGUGAGUUAUUCAGGGCAGAAAUCGCGUGUGGUUUCUCCUACCCUGCUGUGUUGUGUUUGCUUGGAUACUAGCCACUUAAAGGCUCUCUCUGCCGGUGACUGGCUGUGGAUUUAUGGAGGUGCCGGGGAGCAGCUUUGAGUAUUGCCACGCACAACAUUGUGCCCACUGAGGAAAGGUCUCUGCCGGCUCGCCUGCCCCUGGGUCCGUGCCCUUGGGUUUAACCAUUCAAAUCUCCCGUGCAUGGCUCUCGCAGCCAAGGGACUUCUGCUGGCUGCUGCCACAGCCUGAUCCGCUUCGGGCCCCCGUCGCUGCUCCCAAGUACUCCACCUAUCCAGAUGGGGUAACGUGACGGAGCGAAACGGCACGUGAGGAGGUUCCCCGAUGCAGAGGCCUUUCUAGAGAAGAGAGCAAGGAAACCGGACGGCACGGAAGGCAGGGAGGGCGGCGGCUCUGGAUUGCACACCCAAAGGAAACUGACACUACAAAGGGAGAUUAUUAUUUUUUAUUAUUAUUAUUUGGCUUCAAGCACAUGGCUUUUUGUGUGUGUUGGGGGAUCUAACACACUCCCAAGAGCUGGGAAUAUUUGCACAACAUUUGUGUUGGGGGUUUUUUAAACUACUUCCCCCUCUCCCCCCCCAAAAAAACCCUCCAGGUUUUGUUUUUUUACUUCUCGUCCUUCUUUCUUUAUUUCCCCCUGCCACCCUCACUUCACCAUGGCCCGUAUGAAUCGGCCUGCGCCUGUGGAGGUGUGCUACAAAAACAUGCGGUUCCUGAUUACCCACAACCCCACCAAUGCCACGCUCAGCACCUUCAUAGAGGAUCUGAAGAAGUACGGCGCGACAACGGUAGUGCGAGUCUGCGAAGUGACCUACGACAAGACUCCCCUGGAGAAGGACGGCAUCACAGUAAUGGACUGGCCCUUUGAUGACGGCGCUCCUCCUCCCAGCAAAAUAGUGGAAGACUGGCUCAACUUGCUGAAAACAAAAUUCUGCGAAGACCCUGGGUGCUGCGUGGCUGUUCAUUGUGUGGCUGGCCUGGGCCGCGCUCCUGUUCUCGUAGCCCUGGCUCUCAUUGAGAGCGGGAUGAAGUAUGAAGACGCCAUUCAAUUCAUCAGACAGAAGCGGAGAGGAGCCAUCAACAGCAAGCAGCUAAUGUACUUGGAAAAAUACCGGCCAAAGCAGAGACUCCGAUUCAAGGACCCUCACAACCACAAGAACAAAUGCUGCAUCAUGAAUCGAGGAGAGAACGAAUGGCAGGUCUCCUCUUGGCCUUCAGGUGUCAGCCAUGUGUCCUUUCCCUAGAGCACUGCCCACGUGUGUGCUGUCACCUCUGACCUCUUUAUUAAAUGCACAAGCUUUACAAAAUGGGAAGACGACGUUUAAUGUGCUGCUUGUCUGAUGAUGAGAAUGGGUGCUGCCGAGGGCAGCUUUUUGCUCGGAUGCCGCCACCGAGGGCUGGCGGGCAGAGCGCACGGCAAGUGCCCAUAAUCCCAGCUCCAUCAUGCACUUCCCCUGUGGCUUGUGCACAUCACAUCACAUCACGUGUGUGUGUCCGUCCGUGUCCCGAAAGAGGAGAUGAGAGGGGCUGGGAGGAUGGAUGCAAAGCGCCGAGCGGCCAUCGAGUGUUAGCGGAGGGCUACGUGGGGGUGUCCUCCAGGAAGCUUCCCCUGCUAAUCUGUGUGAAAGCCACCAGGGUUCUAGGUUUGGAGAGGAGCUAGGAAGGGCCAGUCUCUUGCAUGCAGGUCCUGUAGCGGGGAAGGAUUAAGAAACUCUUCCUCCAAAUCCUGCGUUCACUUCUAAGGGCUCUGCUACCCCGUGUGCAGAGGGGAGCUUGUGCCUGAAGAAAGGGGAGAUUCCAUGUGGGCAGCCUGCUCUGUUUGGAAGGGGCAGGCGAGAUGGACGCAUCCAAACAGAUGCCACUUGCUUCUGCCCCUGGGCUCAGGGAGUGCAGUGCUCCCCUGUGGGCAUGGGGAGGGAGACUGGCUUGGAAACCCCUAGGAGUCUUCCUUUCUCUAUAUGGCUCCCUUCUGUAUCGGGGAGAAUAGGGCCCCGCGUUGCUUCGCCGACCCAUGCCAUUGCUCCUCCCUGUGGCUGUGCAUUUCUCCGAGCUCAAAAAGGAGCCAGGCUCAGAAAUCGCCCACCGCCGGCUUGCUCUUCCCUGCCCCCCAGCCGAUUGGGGAGCCAGGGUCUCUAAAGGGAUUUCAGUGACACUUCUCAGAGAGGCAGCCCCAGGGAAGGUGUUUUCCCUCCUUCCCAGUCCCCUGGCUGUUCCAGGUUCUGCCAUGAGCCGGCCAGCCCCCCAAUAUCCAGGAACUGGCGAUUGUUUAAAACGGGGGGCGGAGGGGGAGCAGCCACCUUCCCUUGGGGCAGAUGAAUCUGCAGUGCAAGGAGUGUUUGUGGGGGAGGGAGAUGCAGGAACACCAUCCACAGGAUCGCUGGCUCGCUGCUGCACCUGCUCUCUUGUGGGGCUCCGGUGAACCUAGCGAUGGGGAGUUCUCCACCCCGCAGCUGUCCUGAGUCGCUUUCUGAGCAUGCCCAAGCACUGCCAAGGAUACUUUGCACUGCCCGCGGAUGCUCCCUGUUGUUUAAGGCCAUGUGACAUGGAAGAUGGCCGAUUUCCGCCCUCCCCGCUGUGCGGUGGAGAAUGGAGCGUGCUGGCCCGGUGUGAGCGCGGCUUCAGCGGUGCUGCGCCAGCUCCACCCUUCUGCAUCGGUCCAUCUGAGAGGAGAGGUCCUGCCUCUUCCGCUGGCCCCUCUAAUGUUGGGGGCAAGCUUGGGGGUAAAUGAAUGAAUUGCCCUCCCCCCGCCCUGUGCACUGCUGUAUGCUUCCCAGUUUGUCAGCGCUAUCGGCUUUGACCUCGGCUGGGUCCCAGCUCAGGAUCUCUGCAAGCAGGCACCUCCUUGUCGGGCAUUCGACACGUGGGUGGGCUCAGCAGUUCGUCUUCCCCAGCCCAGCCCACUACCUCUACUGCCACCAGCAGUAAAGAUGGUGCCCUCCAGUCUAGAAAGAGACACUGAUGCCGGAAGAACUCCAAGCAAAACAGCCUGCAAGGUCACGCGUGCCCUGGGCGGAGUCAGGGCCUGGCUUCGGCUUUCGAGUCUGCCUUGAUGUGCUCCACGCCAGAGCAACCCAUCGACCCUGCACACACCCUCCCCCAAGUGAAAUCCUUAAUGCAGGCAGGCUGGAGCAUGGGUGUGUGUAAACACAUGGCGACAAUUACAUCAUAAACACCGCUGGGCAUGCUUCUGGGGCGGCUGUCCAGUGGCAGAACUGACGUAUUUAAACACCCACCACAAUAUGCUUUUUAAACAUGUGUUUUCUUCUUGCAAGGGCAGGAAUUAACAGAUGAAAAAUAGAACAUAGUUGCCUUCCACGAAUCCUCCGGCCUUUCUUCUCUCAUCAGCUCCAUUUCUAAGCACCGCAGGGCACUGCAGCUCGUCUGUCGAGGAACAGGGGCUGGAAGUGCCCGCCAAGGGAAAGAAGAAUAUAAAUUUCCCUCCUCCUGAGCAGAACACACAGAAAUGAUGAGAGAUGAUCCACACCCCAGUGCAAAACCUUCCUUCCGGGGACGUCAACCCAAGUUGUUCAUGCUUAUUGCAUCCCCAAUUGGAAAUGUAGCCCGCUCACCCGCCGUGCUGGUCAAGCACAAAGCCAUGAAUGGAAAGGACUUGGCCCCUCGGCAUCAUUUGUGAUGGUAACUUGUCGUUGUAGCAUCUUCCGUUAAUAUCCCAGGGGGAUCAUGAAUGGGAAUUACAAAUGCUGAUUUCAUCUGCUCCUUGUCAAUAAUAGAGACAUAGGAUAGAACCUAUUUGCGUGGAUGGGCCCAGAUGAUCAACAAUGCCUGCUGAUUUUGAGUGCCUCCAUUUUUGGGGUGCCCAACCUGAGCUGCCUUAAAGGGGCCUUGACUGAGCAUCAGGCACCAUUUCCAGUCUCAAAUUCUGGCCCCCUAAAAAUAGACAGUCACCAGCCACUCCUGCAAAUCUGUGCCCUGCAGCUUCACCUCUGAUCUCGUAAAGAAGGCUGUGUAGAUUCUUCAGGCAUCUGCAAAGGAACCUAUUCGGAAACCGUCUCUAGUGCUGCCUCUCAUCUACCCCAAACGCCACCAUGUCACAGAAUGCUCACGCUGUGGCCAAGCCCAGGGGGUUGGUUAGUAGCGGUAUUCCUCCAGCUGGUACUGUGCACUGCUGGGAGACCAUGAUGACGUCAGGUGUGCACCACACUGAGCAGUGCCCCAGAGCAGCGCUAUGUUUCUGUGCCAGCAGCUCGUCUCUUAUCCGCCUCCGGAUCUUGGCAGGCAUGUCCCACAAGGUCACUGCCUUUAGAUGGAAGUGAGAUGACACUGAGGUACUGUCUGUCUAGAUAGCAUAAGAGUAAGAGCUCUCUCACCAGCCCUGUCUUUGAUUUGCUGCCAGUAUCCUUCAUGCUAGGGGAUGUAGUCUCCACACAAAGGAGCUCCUUAAAUUCGCAUGGCGACAUCCAUGGUGGUUCUCCCAAGAUUUCAGAGUCCAAGGCACAGAAAUCCCCAUCUUGGUUUAACCUGACAUUAGCAGGUGCUCUACAAAUCCACCCGGGCUAGGAGGGAGUAGUGUGUUGCUGAGUCUCGGAGAGGUUAGAGAUGGGACAGACCUGCUGCAGCAGUAGCCCGGAGGGGAUUAAGUUUAGUGUUUCUCUCUGGUUUACUCCUGUAGCGUUUAUUUGCAGGUGUUCCCAGUGGCGACAGCAUCUUUUGUGGAUUUGCACUGUGAUUGUAGGUUCUCCUAACUUCUGCACCAUGUCCUAGGAGUACAUGCGUCUCCAUCCAGCCCUUCCCGUGCUCUCUGUGGGAUGCCCACCCAGCUCCCAUGAACUCCCUUUGCGUUUCUCCUCCAGUCCACUUCACUAGCACGUUUCACCUGGGCAAGAAGCCAGCAAGAUAGGGGAUUGGAGGGGAUGGGAAUGGAGGAGAAGGGUGUCAAUCACAAACUGCUGUUGCAGUCAGUAGCAGCAGGAUCGUGCCCUACCCAUGGAGCCCUUGGCAGGGUUGGGACAGGAACAGAGAUCAUCGUGGAUGUAUCAUGAGUUCCUUUAGAGGGCUGCAGAGUUCAGCUGCUGUAACCCGCAUCAGCACCGCUCUGGUCCAACAGCGGGGGGAGGGUGCUCGGCCCAGCCACGCUGAUGGCCCCGGUUCCUCUUGGCCAAAAUGCGUGGAGUGACCCAAUACACCCCCCAGACCACAGCAGGCUGCCGCCAUGUUGCUGCUCUAGUACAAUCCGUGUACCCUGCUGAUAAAUCCUCUUUUCCAUCACGUGACAGGCCUGCGAGAAUACCGCCCCCCCAGAGCUUUCAGCCUCCCAAAUGGGGGCCAGGCCCAGGGCUGAUCAACGGUGGAUUGAGGGUGCUGCCAAUGCUGCGUGCUCCUUUGCACUUGUGGAAAUGUUUCUAUAUCGACACCCUGCUGGCGUGAGGUCCCUUUCUCGCCCUCCCCUCCUGACCCUAACCCUCAGGAUAAAGGCACUGCAGCCCAGGGUGACCAGGGAUGUGCAUCGUCAUGAGUGCUUAGGGCAUUCAGUGUGGAUUGGCGGCACGGGUUCAGAUCUGCUACGUUCCUCACGGGGAGUGUGAGAGUUCAGCCUGGUUCAGAGCGCCCCUUUGCGCCACCACCCCCACGAAGAGUUCAGAGAUUGAAACAAGUGGCUCUUGUCUGUCGCGGUGGGUGAAUCUGAACUCUGGGAGCGUUCUCUUUCUUUGGAUGGGGACAAGUCGCAGGAUAAAUCCGAAUCAAUUCCAUUGAAGUCAUGGAGCAUGUAGAACUGAGGGGACAGAAGACCGCUGUCUCCGCUUUGCUUUGAAGAUUGGUAUUGUGAACUCCCUCUGAAGGCCUCUGUGUGUUAAAAUGGUGUCCAGUUUUCCAGGUCAUUGCAAAACCAUGCCCCCAUUAGCUGCUGUAAUUGGUUUUUGAUGGACACCUCUCUCCUGUGGCGGAACUUGUUACCUCCUUUUGCUAAGUGUGUAGUUCUGUGUACGAGACACCGAUGGUUUUGGUCAGGGAGCGGGGAGGAUUUUUGUGUCUCGGGCUCACAGCUGGUUAAGAAGUGUCAGUCCAAUAGAAGCUCUCUGAGGAAAUCUUUGCACCUGCACAGGUGUUACUUGCAAGUAAAAGCGAUUGAGUGGAGCAGAGCUGGGGGUGGGAGGGGGGCGGGGCAGGGAAUAUGUGUACAGAAAAGGGAUGGAGACUAAAAGAUGCAGUUUUAAAGGCUGUGGUUAGGAUUGUCUUGAUGGAGCUAACAAAGUUAAAGCAGAAAAAGUGCUCAGAUUUUCCUGUUUAUCUCUAACAUUUGCCACCAUUUCUGGCUAGCAGUUUAUGACAGCCAACCAGAGAUCUCCACACAUACACACACCCUAAACAGGAACAGAUGAGCGGAUCUGCCAUUUCCCCUCACCCAUGACAUUGCUUUAUCAUUUCAGUGGCUUGAGUCAAAGCUGGACUGUCGUUGCCUUGCCUCUUGCGCAUGCAGCAUUUCAGCAGGCGCACAGGGAAAAAACAGCUUUGUGCCUUUUUGUGCUUCGUGGUCCAAGAUUUCCAAGUGUGGGUGUCUAAAGUGAGGCUUCUAAGCCCAUUUUUAGGCAGCUAAAAUGAAAGGGGCCUGGUUUUUCAGACGGGCAGGGCAGCCAUCCUCUCGCUGUGUUGAGUGGGAGCCGCUGGGUGCUGAGGGCUUUCACUCCGGACAUAGAAGCCUGACUUGAGGUACCCAUUUCUGAUCAGCUUGGCCACAAAGUAUUUUAAAAGGCAAUAGAAAAGGCCUGAGGUGUUGGGAUUUUUCCUGCUUUGUCCACCCUUUCUUCCUGGAAGGUUCCCAGACAAUCGGAAAGCAAGCAGGUUUCAGAUAUUGGAGGCAUCGUGACCACGAAAUGAGGCUUGCUGGAUGGUGGAAGUGAUUUGUAUUCGUGUUUGGUUUUGCUAACCCUUGUUUAUAUCAAAUGCGUGGAAGAAGAGAACUCUUAGUUAAAGAAUUGUCCUUAAUUGAAGUGGCCAGUCCCUGAACCACUUCUCUGGAUCAUCCCAGCAAAACUAGGGCAAAACCUGAUUGACAUUCCGGAUGUUUCAAAUAAAAAACAGCAGGAGAAAUAAACAUUUCAUGUCUCCUUUGUCUAUCAUAAGGAAGCCAAAAAAAAGGCACAAAGUGAGCUGUAGGCACCAUAGACAAUAUCCUUCUUCCCCUCCCUUUAAAAUGAAUUCUCGUAAAUAUUUAAAUUCCUCGCACUGACACUGCGCCAAACCCUAGCAUGUAUUUCAGACAUUCGGCGUGAUCGCUAUAAACAGACACUCUCUGACCAGCAUCUGAAGAACCUUUGUGCUAUUCAUGAAGGAGAGGAAUUGUUUAACUGAGCUUGAGUGGGGGUGGGAAAUAUUAACGGGGGGGGAGGGCAUUUCCUGUGUGUGUGUGUUACAAUGUUUUGGCUUAAAAUGAUCAUGUUUUCCCUUCUGUUCUCAAUGCUUUGUGAUUUAAAAAAAAAAAAAAGGAAAUACUGAAAGGUGACAAUGGUGAGGAGUGUGAAAUACCUGUGUAAAUGGCCACCUUUUUAACUGAGGUUUAUUUCUACCUAUUUAAAGAUUGUGUUAUUGGUAAAUUAUAUUACGGGUUUUGAGAUAAAGCCACCACCACCGUACUUGGGCUGAAGGAGCUUUCAGCAACAGGGUCGUUACCAUUCGCCAAUUUGGGAAGAGGCAGAGUCUCAUCUGUCCAAACAAAAUGAGGGUUAAGUUGCUUUAUUUUUCAAAACUGACACAGGGAAGCAAAAGGAAGAUCCUUUUUUAAACUGCAGUUUACAAGUUCUUCUAUCCCAUUUGCUUCUAACCACUUGGCUACAUAGGCAGCUUCAGCUUUUGGUCUUGUUAUGGAUACUGUCUGGUGAGGCAAGAAUUUGCCUGGUGUCUUUGCUCAGUGUGGGGCCAUGGGACAGUGGGCAUCACAUUUUCAAGCAUAUAACCAACAUUCUUAGGGGUUUUUUUAAGUGUUCUGCUUUACUUUAGAUAAUAUUCUCCCAAAAGAACUCUUGAUUUCCCGGCUGUUUCUUUCUCUGCAACAAAGAACUGCAUAUAGUUUUCCUUUUAAUCUCCGUGGGCAAUCUUAGUAGUAUGUAGAUUAAGCCCAACGACUUUUUUGGUCUGAGCCAUAGCUAAAUUAUUAUAUCCAGUGCUUUUAUACCAGACAGCAUCACUUGGGAUAUGCAGAUGAGGUAUAGGAUCUUGACACUUUAUAACCUUUUUUAAAAGAAAAGUCUGUUUACUUAUGUCUUGUGUAAAAUCGUAUGCCUUUUAGUAAUCACUUUUUUGAGUUUUAUGAAAUUCCUAAAGUGGAUUAAGGGGGUUUUGCCUCCGGCAACAACAGCAAAAUAAAAAUAAAGGGUUCACUGUUUUGUA